UCUUUUCUGUUGUGUUCUGACUUGGUCUUAGCGUUAGUGUGUGUUUAAGGUGGUGACGAGCAGAUAAGAAUAAGAUCGAUCAGAAUCAGGUCAGAUCGAGAAUGCACUUGAGCGAGAACGAAGGGAUAGAGGGGAAGGUCUUCGUGGUGACCGGUGGGCUCGGAUUCGUAGGGGCAGCUCUUUGCUUGGAGCUGAUCCGAAGAGGUGCCGCGGAGGUGCGAGCCUUUGACCUCCGCCACUCAUCUCCAUUUACCCAUGCUCUCGAGAAAAAGGGAGUGCGCUGCAUCCAAGGGGAUGUUGGGCGCAAAGAAGAGGUGGAAAGAGCCCUGCAGGGGGCGGAGUGUGUGUUCCACCUGGCGGCCUUCGGAAUGUCGGGCAAAGAGAUGCUCCAGAUAGGGCGCGUGGAUGAGGUCAACAUAAGCGGGACCUGCCACGUGCUCGACGCGUGCCUCGACCUCGGCAUCACAAGGCUCGUCUAUUGCAGCACUUACAAUGUAGUCUUCGGUGGUCAACCCAUCGUCAACGGAGAUGAGACUCUGCCGUAUUUCCCAAUUGAUCAGCAUCUCGUCGAUUCAUACGGCCGCAGCAAAUCCAUCGCCGAACAGCUCGUUCUCAAGAAUAACGCCCGUCCACUCAAGAAUAACUCCGGGAAGCGUCUUUACACCUGCGCUGUUCGUCCUGCUGCAAUCUAUGGACCCGGCGAAGACAGGCACCUUCCUAGGAUCAUAUCCAUGGCCAAGUUGGGUCUCCUUCUCUUCCGGAUUGGCCACCACACUGUCAAAUCAGAUUGGGUUUAUGUGGACAACCUUGUUCUUGCUCUCAUCUUGGCAAGUAUGGGGCUUUUGGAUGACAUCCCUGGGGAGGGAAAGGGAAAGCUCCCCAACGCGGCUGGCCAAGCAUAUUUCAUAUCUGACGGUUCUCCUGUCAAUACUUUUGAAUUCAUCGAACCUCUCGUCAGGAGUUUGGACUACCAGUUCCCAAUGAAGUGGUUGGCUGUCGAUCGUGCUCUUGUUAUUGGGAGGAUUUGCUGGGCUGUUUAUACAAUAUUAUAUCCAUGGCUCAAUCGGUGGUGGCUUCCUCAGCCAUUCAUCCUUCCCCCUGAAGUACACAAGGUUGGGGUCACCCAUUAUUUCUCUUAUCUCAAAGCCAGAGAGGAGAUCGGUUAUGUCCCCAUGGUGUCCUCUCGAGAGGGGAUGGCUUCUACCAUGGCAUACUGGCAAGAGAGGAAAAGGACCACAUUGGACGGGCCUACCAUAUACGUGUGGCUGUUUGCAGUCAUUGGAAUGAUCUCUCUCGCCUCUGCUGCUUUCUUACCUGACAUUGGAAUUGUGGUCUUUCUUAGAGCUAUAUCGCUUUUUGUCUUUCGAUCAAUGUGGAUGAUAAGACUAAUUUUCUUUUUAGCUACAGCUUUACAUAUCCUUGAAGCCAUUUAUGCUUGGCACCUCGCUAAAAGGGUCGAUCCUUCUAAUGCAAGAGGCUGGUUUUGGCAAACUUUUGCUCUUGGAUUCUUUUCAUUGCGUUUCCUCUUGAAAAGAGCAAGGAAGUAAAAUGCACUCUCAAGCUUUUAGCAGAUGACUGGAUCAUGCCGGGAAUGACUCCUCUUCCCUGAAGAUUUCUGCACAAUAAUUUGGAAAAUGCGCACUAUAUUUUUGCUUUAAGAUGUUCUUUUAUCUUUUGGAAAAGACUUAUCUAGAGGAGAAUGUUACGAUGUACUCAUUCUUAGAUCAAUAAGAUGGCCCAGUGUAUUCCCUCAUAA